UAAAAUCGCGGGGUGUGUGGGGGGGUGGCUGAUAAUGCAGGCUGGUGUCUUUCAGAGAGCACUUUGCUGAGAAGUUGCUGCAGGAAUACAAAACGUGGAACACUUCUGUGCAAAGAGCAAACGAUGAGCUGGCUGGAGGCAGAGCGUGAAGCUGCCCCCUUGACUGUAUCCCACCCCAGCUCCGUACCCAGCUUUCUCUACCACCUCCAUGCAGCGUCCCCUGAGUUAUGCCGUCCUGGCAGGAGAGCCACAUCCUGCAGCCCAAGCGCCAGCUGCAGGAGGAAGGCAACGUGCAACUUGACGGGGGCUAAGGAAACUAUAGGAAGAUUAGGAAAUGUGUGAUGAGGUUUUGAUAACUGGAGGAAGCAGGUCAUGUCCUGCUUUGAACAAGCUGCGCUUGGAGGUAUGAAAGCAGCCUUGGCCAGUCAAGAAUCAGUCACUUCUCAGUGCUCUCUGCUCCGUCUGAGGAUGCUCUGGGCUGGCAGGAUGAGGCUGGGGACCGUCGGGAUCUUGCUAGUGCUCGUCCAUACAGCAGCAGCCUGCGAGUUUGGGCCAGUCCCUUACAGAGUCACGGGGAUCGUCUGCAGAAUGACCAAGCCCGCGGCAUUGCUGUUGAACCAGGAAACAGCACAGGUCAUUCAAGCAGCGUUCAGAAAUGCCAAGUUCCCAAACAUCACCGGGGAAAGGUCCGUGCGGCUCCUCGGCAAGGUGGCUUAUGGGCUAAGCAACAUCCAGGUCAAUGAUUUGUCCAUAGAGCAGAGUGAGGUGGAACUCAAGGAAAACGAUGCCAUUGACAUUGCCAUUAAAAAUGUGACGGCCUUCUUCAAGGGCACCCUGACCUACGGCUACGCUGGGGCCUGGUUCCUACAGCUUUUUCAUUCAGUUGAUUUUGAAAUUGAGUCUUCCAUCGACCUCCAGAUAAACAUUAAAUUGAUGUGCCAGGAGGACCAGGUGGCUGCUGAUGCUUCAGACUGCUACCUGUCGUUCCACAAACUGACACUUCACCUCCAAGGAGACAAGGAUCCAGGCUGGUUGAAGCAGCUCUUCACAGAUUUCAUCUCCUUCACUUUGAAGUUUGUUCUCAAGAGAGAGGUGUGCAAAGAGAUCAAUUUUCUUGCCCAGGUGCUAGCCAAUUUUGUACAUGACCUAGCAGCAAAUUUUGUUCGGGAUGAGGAUAUCGGACUUGAUAUCUCCCUUGCAUCAGAUCCUUUAAUAAAAGCAAAUUACCUAGAAUCACAUCACAAGGGCCUUGUCAUGUACAAGAACUACUCUGAUGUCUUCAGUGACUCUGUUUACUCCCCAUCACUGCUCACCGAGUCCCGAAUGCUCUACUUCUGGCUGUCUGAACACAUCCUCAACUCUCUGGCUUCGGCAGCUUUCUUAGAUGAACGCCUGGUGAUGACCAUCAGUGGGAAGAAGUUGCAGGAGCUGUUUGAAAUUGAAGACACUGAAGUGCAGCAGAAGGCGGUGCAGUUGAUUUUUCAAGGCACCUCCUAUAAUGAUUCUGUGGCCAAGGUGUGGAGUCUCACCCAUCCCGAAAUCUCUCUCCAGCCUGAAGGGACAGUCGUGAAGUCCUUGGUAGCAGUGGAGAUCAACAUCUUUCCCCCAGGAGAAGAGUCCCUGAUGGUUCUGUACAUGGAGAAGGAAAUCACGGUCACUAUACAAGCUGCCUAUGCAGAAAAGAAACUCAUUUUGCGCCCUUUGGAUUCCAGGACAGAGUUUAAAGUCUUUAAAUGCACAGCUGAUCCAAGUGAGGAUGACCAGUCCAUAAGAAACUUCCUGCAGAAAAUGAUCUCAGUUGUUGGGAUCCCAGAAGUGAUUUCAAGGAUUGAACCAGCUUUGACCUCACUGAUGAACAGCAAAGGGCUUCAUUUAUUUGAGAUCAGAAAUCCUGAGAUCAUCACAAGAAAGGGAUACCUAAUUGUACAACUUGACUUUAGCUUCCCAAAUCAUUUGCUGCUUGACUUUCUUCAGAAAAGAUUUUAGAACUGGUCUCUUCUUGAAGGAGUGUAGGAAAUUGUGUACAAACAGCGAUUGCAUGUGAAAUGAUUAAAAGACAAGCUGACUUAAAUCGGCUUCUGCUGAUUUUUUUUCUUUUUCCGAGAAAUGCUCCAGUUUCUGUGCAAUUGUAUAUCCACUAAGCAAAGAUCUUGAAGUCUGCACCUCCACACAUGCUACUGUUUCAGGAUCUUUAAAGGAGAUCCUGAGGAGCUUACAAGUAAGGGUUGAAUUCUUAAAGGCCAUUGGCACUGGGGUAGCACUCAGAGAAGCCAGCAGAAACAGGCUUUACCAAUCGUUUGGUAUCUCUCCUGUUACAUUUUGGAAACCUAGCACCUUUUGUGCUGAUUCUGUGGGUUUUUUUUGUUUGUUUUGUUUUGUUUUGUUUUUUGGGUGGGUGGGUUGUUGUUGUUGUUUUUGUUUUUUGGCUCAACCAUGAGCCAAAGAGUCCAUGAUUUUGGCAUACUUCAGCUAUUCACAUGACGUUACCAAACUGUAAGUAAGCUCAGAAGCAGUGAUAUUACAGUGGUAUAGCUGAAGACAGUGGAAUGUGAAUUUGGAGAGCAGUUUAAUAAGAGAUCUCAUGUCCUGGCUACUUUCUUUAGAGUCCAAAACAUGGUGCAGAGCUCUGGGCAAAUCAUGUUCAUGUUGUGGGGGUACUGGCCAAGCAAACUUAACAAAAGUAAUAAAAAUGGUAAGGAAGCCAAAGAGAUUAUAAGAGAAAGUGUAAGUAUCUAUUCAGACAGCAGGUUCCUGUUUCUUUCUACUGCAAUACAAUGAUUAAUCUGAGGUGGCUCAGUUAUUUUCCUGUAUCAAUUCAUGUUUCCUUUCUUUAAUAUUCAUCUCAUUAUUUGGAAGACAGCUCAAAUGACAAAUAUAAGAAUGUAAUGAUCAUAUUAACAAAGGCAGAGGAUGACAUUCUCUUGUUCCAGCCUGAUGUGGAAAAGGAGGCCAGGACAUCUUCCACGUACCAAUUUUAUAGUUUGGUCCAUGGCACCCAAAGGAGGUUAUCAUAAAAUCAUAGAACAGCUUGGGCUGGAAGGGACCUUAAUGACCACCCAGUUCCAACCCCCCUGCCAUGGGAUGGGAUGCCACCCACUAGAUCAGGUUGCCUAGGGCCUCGUCCAACCUGGCCUUGAACACCUCCAGGGAUGGGGCAUCCACAGCUUCUCUGGGCAGCCUGUGCCAGUGCCUCACCACCCUCUGAGUGAAGAAUUUCCUCCUAACAUCUAAUCUAAACCUCCCCUCUCUUAGUUUAAAACCAUUCUCCCUUGUCCUAUUGUUAUCUUACUCCAAGAUCAGAUGGAGCAUUGGGCCUCAAACAGCUGUGUCCACAACAGGAACCGAGUGAUGUGAAAGGUGUGACGCUGUGGUGUGGCAAAUGGUGGCUUUGAAGGUUCCCCAGUGAGAUAGGGAACAAGGUAAAGGAUGUUGAUUUUGCAGGUUUUAGCUAAUACAGCUGUUUGUUGCAUAUCAACCACAAGGACAGGACUGAGACAGGGAGUAUGCUGUCAGGAUGACCCUAAAGACAAGGGAGGGAAAGGCUGCAUGCAUACAGGUAAUAGAACCAGCAAGAACUGGAUUGGACUGUUGAAGUCUGUCAGAGAAAGGAAGGGUCAGAAGUUUAGCAGCGAGGAAGAUUUCUGACCUUCACCAAAAGACCACCAGAGUAUGCCAGAUGACCACCUAAGGACUCUACGCAUAUACAAACAGGGGUGGGAACCUAUGUUAAUGAGUCUGUGGAGACCUAAUGAAUAUGCAAAAACACAAAAUGAAAUGAAAUGAAUAUGUAUAUGUGCCAUUGACAUAAGCACAGUGCCAAUAACCCUGUGUGUGUUAGGCGGAGCAAUCUGCCACACAGCUGGUGCCGUAAUAAAGACUACCUGCUUAAUAACUUUGGUUAUUGAGUUUUCAGUGUGUCACCAGUAGAGGUGGCAACUUUCCACCUCCCUCCACCAGGCCCACUGCCUCUGCCGGCAGGUUUGGUACUGGCCAAAGGCUGGUGGUCCGUGCUUCCUCCUGCUGGAAAGCUUUCCAGAGGUGAUGUUUUCCCACUCUCCAUGACCAUGGGGAAAAAAUUUCUGACAAGCUGG